AUGAGCGUGAACAUAAUUCGCAUCAAGUGCAGUAUCACCGCGGGAGCGUACAGCAACGGACGCUCGGUGCACGCGAUACACGAAUUCGCGCCGAAAGUUCUACCGGGAUAUAAACUGUCGGAGACUCCGACGCAGAUCAUUUACCUCUCGAUCGUCGCGCGAAACAUCACCAAUAUCACGGUGCAAGUCGUGGAUCAGAAAGAUCGGCUGAUCGACUUUCGCGGCGAGAAGAUAACGAUUAGACUGCACCAGCAGGAUCUGUAUACGCUGCCGUGCGACAGUUUCCUGUACGUCGAGGGACGAUUCAAUGACGACGGCGCGACGAAUGAGGAACAAUACGCGAAAUUAGUCAACAACUGCGUCGCGUUUAUGUACGACGAAAUUCGAUACGAACUCGACGGCGUGGAGAUCGACCGGUGUAGAAACGUCGUCAUAACUAGCACGAUAAAGAACUACGUGUCGCUGACCAUCGAACGAGCCAGAAGACUGCAGAACGCCGGAUGGAGUUAUCCGACGAGCGAAUCGAAUCUGAACAACGCGUCUUAUCAAUUCAAUUUUUGCGUACCUUUGAAUAUUCUUUUGGGUUUCUGCGAGGACUACAGACGCGUGGUAAUAAACGCGCGACACGAGCUUAUCCUACGCUCUCGUAGCGACCACAACUGCGUCGUAGAUCCGAAGAAGACCGUGCCGAGAGAUCCGGCCAAGGAUCCUAAAAUUACGUUGCUGAAGGUGCAAUGGCGUAUGCCUCACGUGGCGCUAAACGACAGCACGACCAAGCAUUCGUGGGCCGUGAAAGCCGCGCCGCAAUUGGAGAAGCCGCGAUACGUCAUAUUCGCGCUGCAGACCGGACGACAAAACGAAUUCGCGGGCGACGCCUCGAGGAUCGAUCAUUGCGCUCUCGCCAACGUGAAAUUGUAUCUCAACUCGGAAUUCUAUCCCUACGACGAUGUGAACGUGGAUUUCGAGAGCGACAAGUUCGCCGUGCUGUACGAGAUGUACGCAAAAUUUCGAGGAGCGUACUACGGGGACAGUCGCGACGACGCGCUCUUCUCCCCGCGCGAAUUCGCGCGGGUAGCUCCGCUCGCGGUGAUCAAUUGUUCCCGUCAAAACAAAUCGGUGAAGAGCGCCACCGUGGACGUGCGCAUCCAGUUCGAAAACAAGGAAAACGUUCCGCCGAAAACCACCGCCUUUUGUCUCAUCGUUCACGAUCGCGUCAUCGAGUACAGUCCGCUGACCAACGUGGUGCGCAAAAUUAUUUAA